AUGCCUGAGCCUCGUAACAUCCACGAGCUAAAAAGCUUACAAGGGAAAUUAGCAUAUAUAAAAAGAUUUAUCUCUAACCUCGCUGCACGAUGUCAACCUUUUAGCCAAAUCAUGAAGAAGGGAGUGCCUUUCCAUUGGGAUGAAGCAUGCAAGAAGGCAUUCCAAAGUAUCAAAGACUACUUGACAAAGCCACAAAUGCUGACAGCGCCAAUUCCUGGACAUCCGUUGACGCUUUACAUCGAUGCACAAGAAUGUUCAGUUGGAGCCUUGUUAGCACAGGAAGCCAAUAAACGGAAAGAAAAUGCCCUCUACUACCUCAGUAGAAUGAUGACACCAAAUGAACUAAAUUAUUCACCGGUGGAAAAGAUAUGCUUGGCAAUCAUCUUCGCCAUAAAAAAGUUGAAGCAUUACUUCCAAGCGCACACUAUCCGGUUGUUGUUCAAAGCAAAUCCCUUAAAAUAUGUCAUGUCAAAGCCUGUCCUUUCUGAUUGGCUCGCGAGGUGGUACCUGCAGCUGCAACAAUUCAAAAUCAUUUAUGUACCACAGAAAAUUGUAAAAAGACAAAUAUUGGCUGACUUCCUUGCUGAUCAUCCCAUCCCCGCUGAGUGGGAGUUGUCUGACAACUUCCCUGAUGAAGACGCAUUUUUUUUCGAAAUCACCCCACCGUGGAAAAUGUAUUUUGACGGCUCAUCACACAAAAAUGGAGCUGGAGCCGGACUAAUAUUUGUCACAUCACAAGGAGAAGUCCUUCCAUACUCUUUUGCCUUAAAAGAAAAGUGUUCAAAUAAUGUGGCUGAGUAUCAAGCACUCAUCCUCGGCCUAAAAAUGGCGGUAGACAUCAAGCAACGCCAACUUCAAGUAUACGGGGGCUCCAAGCUGGUUGGAAAUCAAAUCACUGGAGAGUUUGAAGUGAAGAAACCAGAACUAAUGCCUUACUUAAAGUAUGCUAAGGCACUCAUUGAGUUGCUCGGGGAUGUCUCUAUUGAAUAUGUCCCGAGGAAAGGGAAUGGGCAAGCUGACGCUCUGGCUAAACUGACAUCGACUCUAUCCAUCCCGGAUCAACAGGUGUAUAUUCCGAUACGCAAAGUUUGGGUGGAUUCCUGCAAGUAUAAAGAAGAAGAAUGUGUUGAUAAAGAAGUAAAUCACCUCAUCGAGGUGUUUGAAAUUGAAGAAGAAGAAGAAGAUUGGCGGCAACCAAUAUUAGAUUUCCUAAAAUAUGACAAGCUCCCGAGUGACCCGCGCAGACGAGCAGAUAUCCGAAGAAGAGCUGCACGCUAUGCCUAA